AGCGUGUAUUUGUGUGCUUUGCAUGAGCAACAGAUCUCGAAGGGUUAUCAAGAUGAAUUGCUUUUGUUCUUUUAGUGUGUUGUGCAAAUUACUACUCCACUAUUGUUCAUACUCUACAGUCGGUUUCUGCACUUUGUUAUUAUUUAGGGAACAUUUCGAAUUUUCUUUCACUUCCUAAGUCAUAUAAAACGUAUAAUUUUGUUGAAAAAGAGAAAUAACUCAAUUUUUUGAUGAAUAAUUAACCAUUGAAGAUGGAGACCGAAUCAAGGCGUAGCGCCUUGAAGACCGAAUAGUUUUUAUUCACCAGCAACGCCCAUGGUUUUGGAUGGGCCGGAGCGAUAUGUUUCAUCAAUUUUAUUACAAUUUUCUUCUCUAAAACGUGCUUUUGAGCAUAAUUUAAAAAGUACACAUGAUUCUGGCACAAGAAACCAAUUAUAAUUGCAUUUAAAAUUGCAUUGCAUGCCUUAUUUUUCUGUAUUCUUCAAGUUUCGAGCCUACAUUUUUUAUUUUAAAAAAAGCAAGUCCCCGUCAAAUUGUUAAGCAGAAGAAGCAAUCUCGCACGGUGACUGCAAGAUUCACCUGCAGCAAAACCUGUCAAAAAGUAACCCAUCUGCUCAAAGCAUUAUGGAUCACUCGGUUAUUGAGGACAGUCCAAGUGAGCAACAAAUGAAAGAACACCGUAAAAAAUGGAGAGUCACAUGCAGCUGGUUACCCAAAAGAUAUUUGCUGGCAAUCCUAAGCUUUUUGGGAUUGUUAAAUCUCUAUUCGUUACGAGUCAAUCUCAGUGUUGCCUUAGUUGCCAUGGUUUCAAACAAAACGAUAACCAGCACUUCUGGCUAUGUUGUUUUUACAGAGCCAGCAGACUUUUCUUGGAACACAAAAGAACAAGGUAUCAUCCUGAGCUCUUUCUACUAUGGUUACAUCAUCACCCAAAUACCUUCUGGAUAUCUUGCAGCCCGUUUCGGUGGGAAAAACCUUUUUGGUGGAGGUAUUCUAAUGACAGGACUGUUUACAUUACUAACACCAUUAGCAGCAAGAAUGAGUAUUAAGUUUCUCAUAGCUGUUAGAGUGUUGCAAGGAUUAUCUCAGGGCGUCACUUUUCCAUGCAUGCAUGCGAUUUGGAGCAGAUGGGCUCCACCAAUUGAAAGAAGCAGGCUGUCAACGAUAUCUUUUUCAGGAACAGUUGCUGGAACGGUUCUUGGAAUGACAUUGUCGGGAGCGAUGGCCUGGCCCGCUGUUUUCUACUUCUUUGGCCUUCUUGCAAUUAUUUGGAGUGUUUUUUGGUUUUGGAUGGUUACUGAUUCUCCUUUCGAUCAUCCUACGAUUACAGAUAAGGAACUUGCUUAUAUCAAACAGGAAUUAUCAGACGAUAAGACCGAAUCAAAAUUAACAACGGUUCCGUGGAAGGAAUUGCUCACAUCUGUCCCUAUGUGGGCAAUCAUGAUCGCGCAUUUUGCAGGGAACUGGGGCUUUAUCACACUAUUUACGUCACUUCCGACUUAUCUCAAGCAGAUGCUAAAGUUUGAUCUACAAAAGGCAGGGUUUCUGUCCGCUCUUCCCUAUCUCAUAAUGACCAUAGUGAUUCAGUUAGGGGGACAGCUUGCAGAUUUUCUACGGUCUUCGGGAAGAAUGUCAACCACUACUGUUAGAAAGCUUUUUACUGCAAUAGGGUUCAUGUCUCAAGGUCUUUUUGUGAUAAUCGUUGGGUACAGUACAAGCAAAUACAUGGCCAUGUUUGCUUUAGUCAUGGCUGUCGGAUUCGAUGGCUUUGCAUACAGUGGUUUCAUUAUCAAUCACCUUGAUAUAGCACCGCGCUAUGCAAGCCUCCUUUUUGGAAUGAGCAACACUUUCGCUACCAUUCCAGGAAUUGUCGGUCCUCUUGUUGUUGGAUUUGUCACUACACACGAGACUAGAGAAGAAUGGCAAAUAAUAUUCUUCCUGGUAGCCGCAGUUUACGCGCUUGGAACUCUGGUUUUCUUGAUUUUUGCCUCCGGUAAGAAGCAAUCAUGGGCUGAUCCGAAUGGGUACCAAAGUAUUUCUGAAGACAACGAUGAUAAAGACAUGUUGAUGAAAGAGAAAAUCGAGGAUGAGAAAGGCACUCCACAGCUACCAAUGAAACAGAUGAGAGGGAAGAACCAGAAUCUCUAGAAAUGAAGGGAAUUUCGAAUAGAUAAGUGAUCUGAGGAUGGGGGAUCAUUCGAGCAGUGCUGUGUCCUAAUAUUAUUAGUAAGAUGAAUGCAGAACGCAAAUUAAUAAUUACCAGUGUAUGGAUCCUGGUCAUUUUAUAAGUGUAAGACUCUUUUUAUAAGAACCAAUUGAUUUAAGUUCUGGCUUGCUGUUAGCUAGUUUGAACUAGGAGGGGGGGGGGUUAAGCCUCAUUUGCCAAAAAACGGAGUAAGGGGUAUAAAAGAGAAAACUAUUACUACUGGGACAAUGGAUUGUAAAGUAGAACGCCCAAACUUGAAAUUUGUCCAUAUUCGUGGUUCUUGAUUAUUCAGGGGUCUUGAAUAUUCAGGGGUCUUGAAUAUUCGGAGGUUUUGGAUAAAAAUUUACUAGAUAUAUUUUCUUUAUAUGUCUUCAUUUUUAUAUGUUUAAUAAAUAAAAACUAGCCAUUUUGAGUUUUUAAGAACAAAUCCAAUUCUCCGCAUGCGCUAAUGUAUACUAUUGAUAACAGGAGCCGCUUGUGCCUUACUGGGAACAUGAUUACGAGUAACCACGAGUCACCAACGAGUUACCAUAUGGGAUACUUUAUACAUUUGCAAAGCUGAGGCCCUGCUCACACGAUACCGGAUUAAUUUCAUAUCGGAUCGCUUUUCAUAUCGGAUCGCUUUUCAAAUCGGAUCGCUUUUCAUAUCGGAUCGCUUUUCAUAUCGGAUCGCUUUUCAUAUCGGAUCGCUUUUCAUAUCGGAUCGCUUUUCAAAUCGGAUUGCCUUUCAUAUCGGAUCGCUUUUCAUAUCGGAUAGGCCUUCUGUUCACACGAUGACGCUUGAAUCCGGUACGAUAUAUGAAUCCGAUAUCUAUAUUUAUUGAGAAUGAUAACUCUUCGUAUUCCCAAAUGACAAGUACCAUUUGACAUGGUAACUCAUUAUGGUAACUCGUUGGUAAGUCAUUGGUAACUCCUUAUAAUUAUAAAAAUUAGAUUAGAUAUUGCUGCCGCUCAUUAUCAGAGCAGCGAGGACAAUUUGGAAUGUUUUUCUGUUCAUCCGCUUGCAUCUAAUGGGAAAACUGAAAUAUUUUCCACCUUACGGCCAUCAUUUCAUUUUCUCUCUCGUCAGGUGUACUUUCCCAAAUACUGAUGGCUCCUUUCCAGUAGCAAAAACAAUGUUACUCUAAAAGGCCGAUUUCCUAGUUUUUAGCACGAGGCGACCAUUUCUUUUGGCCAGGAUUGUAGUUUUCAUUAAUGGCGAUUAAUGAUGAUAUUAUAUAAAAUAAAUAUAAGGCAAGAAGAUUUGUUUAAGUCACAGAGAUCAAGUCUACAAUUCGUUUGAAAAUUUCAUCCAAAGUUUUCUUUCAACAGCCUCAGUUGCUUUUGCCUCAAUUCUUCUAUGCAGGGCAAUCAUCUCUUUUGAAGGUUAUAAUGAGGCAGCCUCGUGUGAUCCCUUGUUUUCAAAAAGUACUUCGUCUGCAUAAGAGCAAGAAGACAUUCAUGUUUUUGCGGUAUGCGAUGAUCAUUCUUAAUGAGCUUCAACUGAAUAAAAACUCUUUCGACCAAAGCAUUAGAAAUCGUAAAUGACAGAAGUACUGCAAUGACUCUGGACAAGUUUGUCUGUAAAAGUGUGCCAGCACUAUUAGUGUACUUGAAACCAUUGUUCCAAUAAUCUUGGCCUUUCAUCUCUCCACUGAGGCUGGCAUUGAAGGCGCGAGUUCUCAACUCCUCUUCAACUUUCUUCAAAUGGCAACCGUCUGUACACCUCAGCAAAUGACGACAUGCUGAGGCUGACAGCUUUUCUGGGUCCAUGAAACUCAGAAAAUUGAAUUUAGAGCAAUUCGCAAAUCUAGAUUGUAUCUGUUGAAUGCACCCAACCAAAAAGCUUUGCAGUGUUUAAAAACAACCGCAAAAAUGAAUCUGGAAAGUUCAUAAGACCCUGUACCCUUGGUACCAAAGCCUCUAAAGAAGGGAGUCGAACAGUUAUACAAACUAAGGCGUAGAAGAGAUCAAAAGGUUGAAUAUAGGAAAUAUAGAGCGAAAAAAGAAAAAAAUUUCAUUAAGUUUAAUCUCAAUUUCAUUAAAAAUCAACUUCUCGUUUAACGAUGGGGGUUGACAAAUGAUGAAAUGGAAAUGGAGCCAUUUUUGUUUUGUGGGUUUGACUUCAAUCACCUCACUUCCAAUUUUUCCUGGGAAGGAUUAGCUAUUUAUCUUUUUAACUGGGAUUCCUUCUUUAAAAUUUAUCAAUAAAGAGUUCUUCUCCGUGCUUGUUGCGUUCAUAACGGAGGAGUAAAUUGUAGCCUUCCAUGGAGCAAUCGGUUAUGUUAAAACUACUAUCUUAUUUUGUUUUAGCGAUUGGUGGAAUAUCGGUAUUUCUAAAGAUGGUAGCUUUUAGAACUUUUAAUUUUUUUCUGAUAGAAUAUGUGUUUAAAUAGCCAAUCAUUAUUCUUUUUUGGUCUUUAUUCCUACGUCAAGGAGAGUUAUUUUGGCACUUCUUGUUCUAACAACAGAUUAAUGUCGCUUACUGUCUAUACCUGAUUUUUCAAAGGAGUUCUGGGCUGUUGAAAAUCGUUUACUCUUGAUAUUCCAAUCCAAUGUGAAAUCUAUUAUACUAGUGCAACCAUUGUGGUAUUUCUAGGUUCCUAGGCUGUCUUCGCAACGAUAUAUUUGGAGUUGACUAGAGCGUUUCAAUGAUUUGUCGUGGAUGUAUUGCUAUGCUCGUAGAAUACAAAUCUUCAUGAAAGGACUGGUUGGUAGCUUUAGCCCAUUACUGCCCGAACAUUAUCUCCAUAGUAAGACCAUUGUCAGGUAAGACUUAAGAAAUGUAGACAGAUUCAAAACUCAACAGUCAUGUGCUCGCGUUUCUGGCUAUUUCGAUACACAACUGGGUAUAUAUAUUUCCUAGCGAAGAUAUUUCGGUCUAUGUUCUGACGUUGGUGUGGUCUAGGUCUUGGUUUCUAGACAACACGGCCUCCUUUCCUAACUUUGAAGGACGGCACCUUGGUAUAGUCAGGUGUAUACUUGUUACAAGCUGUUUUUUGGGCGAAAACACAAACUUAUUUUGAGAAGCUUUGAAAACUCUCGUUACAGAAAGUGUCUUUAUAUAAAAUGAGUUUCGCAAAAAUUUCUGCGAUCUUGUUUUGGCAUAGAUUCACCCCACCUUCCAUGUGAUUUUGUUGUAAUGUCUCAAUUAUCAUAGCAUGGCAGAGGGAGGUUCUUGACUAAAUUUUGGGUAGUAGUCUACCGCGAGAUUACUGAAAAUGGUACCGUUGGCUAGACUAAUUUUUUACAAAAAUGGUUCCCUUGGCUUGACCAAUUUCUACAAAAAUUAUUUCGUUUACUAGUUUGUUAUCAACAGAAACGGAUUGUAAGGAUGAAAUUCCUAGUUUCAAAGACUUUGUUGAGAAUAAAAAUUUGUCACAGCACCAAUGGAUCUAAAUCACAAAAAGGUAUACCCUUGGCUAGACUAGAAGCUCAAAAGAGGUUACUCUUGCUAUGAACAUAUAUUGACUACGUUAACUGAAGUUAACUGAUAUGGUUUGGUUCAUAAAAUAACCAGCUUUUAUUGUCGCAGUGGCUCGUUAUAAUUCAAAGAACGAAGAUAAUUUCAAAAUUGAACACAUUUAUUCAUGUUAAAACAACCAAAACAGGAUAUCUUUAAAUGUCGCAUGAAUUCCAAGGGCAAGCUAGGUGGAGAUUAUGGCCUACAAAAACGGUGAUUUAAGGACUUGCGUGCAUUACCCAGGUUUUCUUUGACUGCGUUUCCUAGUAGAUCAACGCAUGCUACUUCUUAUGCCACUGCAUUAGGUCGCAUGUGCAAGUCGCUAGGUCCUCCACCGUUUGGAGCGAACAUGGCCUACGAUAAUCAAAACGUUUGUUGUUGUUUUAUUAAAGUUCAGCAAUUUCACUCACCUUGUC